CUCGCCAGUCGUCUCAAACUUAGUCGUCGGACAACAGGCUUGUGGGACAAACGCGUUCUAUUGUUUCGUACCAAAAAAAAACAGUAUACAAUUCUAUUGCAGGAUGAAUCAAUCUAUUCGCGUUGCAGUGGUACUUGUUGCCUGGCUCUGCUGCAUGCCCUCUGUGCAAUGCCAAGGAACUGCGCUUGAGCUUUUACGACAAAAUCAGUGCAUCUGUCCCUGCGGAAACCCAGCUGGAGGCAAGCAGUAUUUCAUUUCCAACAAAAUGUUGAACUGGUUCGAUGCAGUUUCCUACUGUAAUGCUAUCGGAAUGUCGAUUGCCAGUGUUAAGGACAACCUGCAAAACUCAAGACUCCAGCAGUAUCUAGCGCAAAACUAUCGCAUCACGCGCUCCGCAAAGUAUUGGAUUGGCGCUAACAAUCUGAGCAAGGAUCGUGCGAUGCAGUGGGGUCUCAGUGGAAUUGAAGUUACCUUUAAUGCGUGGGCCUUCAAUGAACCGAGUCACACAGCACCUUUCUGCGUCUAUUUGGAUGGCAGCACCAUGAAAUGGAAGAGCGAGGCUUGCGGCGAGGGAGAAAAACUGUUUAUUUGUGAAUACUAGCAAUAAAUGGAAGUUCUGCGCUCGGAGCACCCAGGCUCGGUUUAAUCGACCCGGAACCGUUGGCAGGCGAACUUCUUAGUGACGCUGCACUGAAAAUCGAUCCACUUUUGAGUUUCCUUGUUGACGGCAGCGCAGUGCUCCAUCGGAGAGUUGUCCGAUUCGCGUACGUUGUUCGGUUCACCUUUGUCCCAGUUGGUGACUUCGGGUUCAACUGGGCGGCCGGUGAGCGCCCAGCGGUACACAGUCUGGUUACCGAGAUCGUUCGCUCCGAUCCAGUAGAAUUCCUCCUCCGGAUCCUGCUCCUCUUCGUUGAUCGUCUCGCGUAACGCGUCCAGCUCGGCCAGGUUCAGCACCUCAGCAAUCUCCAUGCCGACGUUGGCACAGUAGGA